AGAAAAGGUAAGUUGGGAAUAUUUGCAACAAAUGUUUUACUUUCUUGUUUGGACGCAAAUGUCCGGCAAGCAAAUUGGCCCAUCGAUAAAUCCCACGGUGGAAAAAUACGGUUUGCUUUCUUUGCACGUUCUUUACGAGCCGUGUUUGCAUUUAUGCUCGACACAGCUGCAAAUUCUGAAAGAAUAACUUCCUCUGCACCGGCUCUUGCACCGAGGGCUCCGUAUAUCUUGCUCGGAUCAUUACCGUUGCAACUUUUUCCUACAUAAACGUGGAAACUGAGUUAAUUAUCCCCAAGCUGAGAAAGCUGAGCUAAGCUAAUUAAAAUAAAAAUAUUCGCUAAUAGCGGUGGCAUAAAAAGAAGCACAUUAAUUGUUACGUUACAAGAGAUGUUUGCCAAUCAUCGUGUCGUAAAGAAACAUUCGUUAAACGACGAAUCGCAGGAAAAAAAACUAUUUAGUGAAUUAUAGAAAAAGAAGAAAUUUGUCGAAAUAGUGCUUCGAUGAAGAAACCAUAAAAGAAGUAUAAGAACGAUGUUUACUAAUUAUGAAAUUUAAAAAAGAAGAAAAACAGGAAAGAGAUUACUAAUCUCUAAAUUGUAAAAAAUAUAUUCAGUGAUGUAAACAUUUUCCCCAAUUUAUUAAGCUAGCAAUCAAUGAAACAAUCUCAAAUCUUAAUUAAAUAAAAAAAAAGAUAAAAAUAAACAUUAGAUACACUCGUGUGCGCGCAAUUAUCUUUUUAAUUUGCCUCAGUUUCCCGUAUGAAAGAGGAAAAAGAAUCCGAGAUUGUUUUCAAUUCGUUAAACCAGCGAUCGAUGAAAAAAUCUCGAAUCUCUGUUAAAUAAUAAUAAUUUAAAAAAAAGAAACAGAAUUUUUUUAAAUUGUAACUCAGUUUUUUGCGCGGAAGAAGAAGGAAAGAUCCGAUAUUACUGUUAAAGAAAACUUAAAAAAUCGGCUGCGACUUUCGCCUAAGAACUUUCUCCUUGGAUCACCCUAUAGAAUUUCAGCGCGCGCGAAAUGCAAAAACCGCGCGCGAUACAAGUUCAUCGGACCACGUUGAUUCACGUCAGACUCGUGGGGAAUUGGAAACCAUCAGGGCUGCACGUUUGUUUAUGCGAUAUUGUUAUGCUUCGCUCGAAGUAAAAGCACGAUCUUUCUGCCUUGCCAGACACACCAUAUUCGCAAUAAACGAAAUUCCCCGUUACACGUGCGAAAUCGGACCGUCUGGAUGCGAUAAAGCGCCUAGCUAAAGUCGAUUCUCUAGCUUUCUUCCGAUCUUAUCGCGCCUCAAGUGGAAGAUAGCCGAAACGAAACUGUUUUCUAACCUGAAUGAUCGAGUGCAGAUAUUGGUAACAAGAUUUUGAUGCCUUAGGUGGAGGUUAGGAUAGUAUAUCUAGGGAUUUUCUAGGGUAAAUCAUAUUUUGAAAUGAUAAUAACAAUAUUUAGUUGGUAAUAAUAUUUGGCAAUAUCGAUAAACAUCGAAGUAUCUUCUGAAACUCUCUCUAUAUUUUGGGCGGGAAUGUGUGUCGAAAUUAGGUGUAAUUCUUCAAUUUGAAUUUUAUGCGAGUGUAAGAACAAAAAUUGAUGAAAUAUUAGUAGGAAAAUCAAAAAUUGUAUUGGCAAAGAUUUUUUAAGGAAAGAGCGUUCGAUGUUUCUUUUCGAUCCUCUUGCGGUGUUACACUCUCUGUAAUCUUAGCGAGUACUGAUUUUAAUGAAACUCUAGGGCAUCCUAUUCAUCUAGGGAACCCUAGAAAAUUAAAUACACAUAUUUCUACGAAUAAACAUUGGAGUCACGCAGAAGCUAAGUUGAUCAAUUCCGCCAAGUUUAAUUGCACAAUUUAUGAAGAAUUAAGUAAUAAAUAACGCAUUCUGAUGGCAAAAUUAAACAAUUAAUAACUAAACUUCAAAUUCUCGUAAAACAGAGUCGAUCAAUUUACCUACCGAGUGUUUGCUUUUAUCCUUUGAGCAGAAAUUUGUAAUCUUCGCGUAAUCGUGCACCAUUGAGACGAAAAUUAAAGAGCGAAUGGAUCGUCGAAUGAAAAGAUUAAAAAAUGCCAUACCAUCGAAGAUACGCGAACACGAUGAUUGAGAAUCGCUGCUUCGGAGAAUUAAGAACAAGUACGGAUCUGGUGCCCCAGCUGUUGGGGAUGUUUGACGAGUUAGCUCGCCGGGGCAAUGGCUACACCGACCACGUGGUACUUCCGCCUGCCUGCAACAUACCAGCGGCACUACAGAAACGUUUGAGCCUGGUAUCCCAUCGAGGCUCCAUAUUCGGCCAGUUCCAUCCUGAAUUAUCCAAACCUCAACCGGAUGACGCUAUGGCCGAGCAUCCAACGUCAGAGAACACCGUGGUGGACAUAGUCGCUGAUGACGUUACGCCUGAGAAAGAGAACGACGCGUUACAAACCCUGGAGAACAGCCAACAAGAGAAUAGAAGCGAGUGUACGAUAGAGAAGAAAUCAUAUAGACGCGAAAGCAACGGUCUCACGCCACUUAGGUACAACAGACGAUGCAGAAACGCUGCAAGACCGCUUUCUGGAAGCUCCGUUGCGUCCUCUGGAAGCUCGAGUACCUCCUCCAGUGGGUGCAGUAACCAGGGCAACCAGUGCACCAUCAAUCCUUAUUUGGCGUCGGUCGAAUCGCUGGCAGACACUUGCGCCAGCUCUCAAGGCUCUGGGGAUAGUGGAGUGGUGACAGUUUCGGAGGCCAACUGUCGAAUAGGAGAUGAUGGAAGUGAUCAAAGAAGAAAUAGCGGAGAGGAGGAUCCUUUCAAUCCCCUGUGCCACAGGCCGCGUUAUUGCGACCCCCAUCGGAAUCCUAUGGAAAGGGUACUUCUUGAGAUAGUCGACACUGAGGCGAUAUAUGUGGAACAUCUGCGACAGGUCAUUCAGGGUUACCUUAUAUUUUGGAGAAACGAUUCGGCAUCGUUUGUGGAUCAAAUGCAGCUGAGUAACUUAUUUAGUAAUAUUGAGGAUAUCUUCGAGUUCAACAGAGAGUUCCUGAAAGAGAUAGAGGAAUGUGGUCUGGAUCCAGUCUGUGUGGCAAACACAUUCAUAAAGCACAAGUCAGGAUUUAAAGUGUAUACAGAAUAUUGUACCAAUUAUCCAAGCACAGUUUCCGUUCUGACCGACCUCAUGAGUCAAGAAAAGACUGCACACGCGUUCCGAGAAAGACAAGCAGCCCUAGGUCAUGCAUUACCUCUUGGAUCCUUUCUUUUGAAACCUGUUCAAAGGAUCCUCAAGUACCACUUACUUCUGGAGAAUUUGUCAAAAGAGUAUGCAGCAGACUGCGAGGUAAGAGAAAAUGAGACUGAAGGUAGCAAGGCAAUCGAGGCGGCAUUGGCUGCUAUGACUGACAUUGCAAAGCACAUAAAUGCAAUGAAACGAAGGCACGAGCACGCAGUGCGUGUUCAAGAGAUCCAGUCCCUUUUAUACGGCUGGCCUGGUCCAGAUUUAACGACUAGUGGGGAACUGGUAGCAGAAGGAAGAUUCAGAAUGUGGAGGGCCAAAGCUCCUAGGCAUGCUUUCUUAUUUGACCGCAUGCUUUUACUCACUAAGAAAAAGGAGGAUGGGCUUCUAGUCUACAAAGCUCACAUUAUGUGUUCGAAUUUAAUGCUCAUUGAGAGUAUACCAGGCGAACCACUUAGUUUCCACGUGAUUCCUUUCGAUAAUCCCAGAUUACAGUAUACCCUUCAGGCACGAAACUUGGAACAGAAAAGAGAAUGGACUUUACAGAUAAAAAGGGUAAUUUUGGAGAAUUAUAACGCGGUUAUACCUUCGCAUGCGAGACAAUUGGUUUUGCAACUUGGCCAGAUGCAACCAGAGGACGACGCUUUGGCAGAUAGAGGAUCGGCGAAGAAGCAGCAUUCUGCACCUCCAGAGUAUCUAGAGAAACGAAAACAGGAGAAAGAAAGACGGAGAUCUGAGACAGGACUUAGACAGAAAUUCAAGAAAGGUGGCAGAAGGUCUGAGACUACAACUGAGGAUUCUCCAGCAUCGCCACGGAAAAAUCAAAACGAGGAUUCUAGUGAACAAGGAUUUAAAACUUCAGACGGACGCGGAUCAAAAGUCAAGGAUCGCUUUACCGGUUGGAGGAGGAAAUCAGAGCCAGGUUUUCAAUCUUAUGUGUGCCUUAACCAGUCUGACGAAGAACAAAAAGAAGAUACGGGUGAUACGGGGUCUGCCACCGUUGAGACCGAGUGCGCGAUUAUCGAGAACGACAAGCAUACGAACUCUCCACCACCUGAAACCAAAGAGAACAAUGAACAGCAGACUCAAGCGCAAACAGUCGAAGAAAUAGUUGGUCAUAUUCUCAUGCAAAACCAGGAAUUCCAGAAGCUCCUAGAGAAGCAGCGGACGAACAGCAUAAUCAACGUCAGACAGCAGCAACGUUUCAAUAAACGUAUAUCUGCUGACACGUCUGAUGACAGUGACUCAGAAAAUACGAACUAUAUUGCAGACAAUUCGGUUAACAACAGGAUAUCGCGUAUUAGGUCAGGUCAUCGAGAGCGGUUCGUUAAAACGAAUAAUACUUGGAACUCGUUAUCUUCUCCCCGUGACCAUCAACCUACGCUACAAUUGCUGUAUGAUAAUUUAAACAAAACUGAAAAUAAUAAAUCGGUGGACAGUAAUUCGAAAAACAAGAUUAACCUUGUACAAGAGAAGAAAGCGUUGUUUGAAGCGUUCAAGAAACAGAGUAUCGUGACAGAGAGUAAGGUUAUCAAGACUGCGCUUAGGAUAAGAGAAAAUUCAGCAUCGAGAAACGAAGAAGCAACUCAACCACAAGCUGCGAAGGAAAAUGAAAUUCAAAUUGUAGAAAGCGACAAAGGAACGACUGAAAAUGGCGAAUGUACAACUGAAGUUAACCAAGAGGUUACCGAGUCUAACAAAGGUUUUGGAAACUAUGAUAACCUGCAACACGUGUGGGAAGGUCUGCAAGAAGAGAAAAGCUUGGAUGGAAAUGACAGUCCGACUCGUCCGGCAGUCUGGUUAACCAAACUAUGCGAAGGAUUGCCAACAUCGCCCCAAAAGUGUGGUUCUCUUCCACGUAGCUUCCAAAUUCACCCUAAUUCUAAUCAGAACGUAACAAAGUCACGGUUCUUGCAGAGGGAUGGCAAACCUAUGAGCGAGAGACCAUUUACCAUAGCUUCAGACAAGCCAGCAGAGAUUAACCUGGAGGACAUGGAAAGGUACGCCUCUACAUGUCAGCCAGAAGGAAGAAUUGCCAAAUUUCCGACUUCCGUUUCAACAUCCACAUCAACAUUCUUUUGUUCAUUGGACGAUACAUUGACAGACGCUUAUUCAGAGAUUCAUAUAUCAUCCACCACCACGAACAUACAUCCUGAUCAUAAAAUCUAUAGGGCAAACACAAGUGGGAGCACCAUAUUCAAGAACGUCCUUUCUAAAGCUGGCAAUCGUCUUCAAGGUCUGAGGAACACCAUGAGCACAGAGACUCUAGAGUGUAGCGAAGAAUUGGAGAGGACCAAGUACUUCCGUUCUUUGAGUACAGGUAAGUUAAAGAAGAAGAGCAAAAUGAAGCAUUCGAGGGAAUCCUCUUCGGAUGUGGAAGAGCUCGUAGGAUGCACAGCGAGGGGGGUUUCGGAUCUGAGAAUCCCUUCGGUUUAUUACAAACAGGGAAGCUCAAGUUUAGGUGCUCGGAUCGCUCAGUCUGACUAUGCGGAUCCAAGUGUACUAUUUUUCGAAAGCAAACGAUUUCAGCAGGCAAAUAAUCAGUCACAGACCAAGGAAGAGAAGAAAGAUGAUGAAGAAAGUAUAGAGAAUCGAGAAAGUGAAACGGAUAGUUUCUAUGAAAGAUCAUUCGAGACGAUUGAGAACUACGUAGAUGCGGAUGUUGACGACGCGUUCCGGGAUAGUGCAAUAUUUAGCGAUAUCGAAGAGGUUCUGGUGGCCAGGCCACAAUCGAGUCAGCCUCCCGAAGAUUGCCCGCCAUUUAAGAGCAAAGUGGCGCCACCGGUACCAGCGAAGAAGAAAACAGAGUCUAUCACAGCGGUAAAUCCCUCAGGACACAACGUUGCGACGACGAAAUGCAAACCUAACGUGGCUCAGAAACCCGAUUAUUUGAAGGUUAAGUCGGUUUUCUUAAAGGGACAGCAAGAAUUGGACUGUAAAAUUCCGGUGAGAGCUCCUGUGUCUGAAAGUGGAACGUAUCAUUGUUCUAAGAACAGUUUGCAAAGCAAUUGCUCGUCAAACAGUGGUGAAGAGAACGACGAUGUGUCGGCGGGACAGAGCCAAGCAGGUUGGGUAAGGAAGAUAGUGGGUCAGUUGCAGGGUCACAUUGAAACGUAAUUUAUGCCAAUGAAAGUGUACAAAUCUCGUAGCCUUAAACACAGGAAUUUCACGUUUGCCGAUAUUCUUAAUCCUUUUGAGAUUAGCUCAUUUUAAUUUAUAUAUUGGAAUAUUCUUUUUUUGUCUUCGCAUACUUGAUAAAAAAAAUGUAAUAAUUACACUGUGGAUGCUUAUGCGUUUAUGGAAAAUUUCUAUUUUUAACAUAGUACGCAAACUGAUACAAAAUGUCCAAAAUAUAGUCCAUUUUCUAAAUUAUAUUCAUAAAAAUAUGAACUUGCAUGAAUAUCCGCAGUCUAAUUUAAAUAUUUCAAGAAGUAUUAUAUAUCUUGAAAGGAUUAAGUAGUUAUUAUCUAGAAAUCAAUAAUACUCGUUUGGAUGAUGAAGAGUCAGUUUAUUUUUGAGUGAUCUAUUAAGUACAAUUAUCUUUGAGAUUAUAUUUUAUUAGUACAAUAGAAGGGAGGAAGAAAGAUUGAAAAUAAAGUGGAAGUAGAAUAAAUAAAGAGUAAUAUUGGUCUAGAUAAAACUCAGAUACUUCAAUGAAAGACAUAGUAUGUACAUAAUGAAUUACUGUGGACACAUUUUGUUUCUUUAGUUUUUACUAUUAACAUUUAUGUCCGAUCAAGAUUUUAAAAAAAUAUUAUUAUUAUGUACAUGUUACGUUUAUGUUAUUCUAUUCGUGCUUUAUGUAAACUAUUUCCCGCGCAAACAUGAAGUUCUAGUGUUGAAGUGUAUUGUACAACAUUGAAACAAAUACUGCCGAACAAGUUGUCGUAUCGUGUAAACUAGCGGUAAAAAGAACAAAACGUAAAUAAGUGAUACUUUUUCAAAAUAUCGUAUGUCAUAUUUAAUCCGUGUCAUAUAUAAAUUUAAAUGUUAUGUUAAUAAUACAGGGUAAUCAGAGAAAAUUAUUUUUGAAAAGCCUUUUCAUGGAGGAAGCUGUUAUAUCCUUUGGUAAUUUAAAUAUUUUAAUAAAAUGUAUUUUCUAAAUAGUGAAACAUCGAUCACCAUGUAAGUAAAUUGAUACGAUAAAGAGUUGAAUAUUGACAAUUGUAUAGUCACCCUGUAUUGUUAUAUAAAUUUUUACAAGGACAAAUUUUUUCAUAUUUUAAUGUCGUUAGUCAGACUAUUGUAAAUCGUUAUACAUGUCGACUGAAUGUUUUAAGCGUCGAUGUACUUGCAAAUUAACUCGUUAGGAUUCAGAAAUUAUUAUUUUAUUUUUCAACAAUAAAAGUGUUCGUUUGAACAAAGAGGGAAGUCGCUUCUUAUUUUUUAUUUAUUCGCAGAACCUAACGGGUUAAGUUUAAUUACAAUUAAAAGAAGAAAAUUGGAGAAACCCGAAAUAUAUUUCUCUGAUGGAUAGAUAAAAGAGUAUAAGUCAAAAUUUGGGCAAAACAAGAUAUUCUAAUAUAUUCUCUAUUGCUAUUUUUUUGCUUAUAGUCCCAAUAACAUCUAUUAUUCUUUCAUAUUACGAGUAUUUUGUGUAAUUUUGCACUUUCAAAUUUUCUAUAAAUGCAUAAAAAUUCGCAGUCUAAUUAUAAAUGCUUCUCUGCAAAACCAAUAAUUUUGGAUUUAUACCCAUUUGCCCGCCCAUCAGAGAUUUAAGAUUAGACAAUAAUGAACUCACGAUGCAAAUGAGAUUAUGAUUUAUUUGCAAUCGCAUUAUGCGAAUGAUCUAGUAUCUUUGCAAUAAAUCAACUUGAUUAUUGUCAGUUUUCGUUUCCAUUAUUCAAGAUCAUUGUCAUACUUUCACAUUGAAAUACUUCGUAAGAAGGAUCCGAAGGUGAAUUCGAAGAUCAGGUCCUGAUUACUUCAGGUAGGUUUUAUUACGAGAAAUGUCUAUUUACAAGAAGUUUCGGCUAGUCAUGUUUACAGAUACGAGAGUAAAUAAUACAUAAUGUUCAUAAAUUAGCUUUGCAAUACUGCACGUGUAUAAAAAAUACAGGAAGAAGAAAAAGAAGAAAGAAAAAUUACUAAAAGAUAGAAAGCUCAAUGAACUGAAAGAGAAAAACAAACGAUCGUUCAUUAUACACAUUAUAUACAACUGUAGUAACUAUAUAAUACAUUUAAUUGUUUAGUAUUAUCUCGAAUGAGAGUUCUCUCUAUUUAGAAGAAUUUUCUUCUUUCAAAUCUCCGUUAGUGUUGAGGUUACGAAUAUAAAUAUAAAGAAUAAAUUAAGAUUCGUUAUUUCGUUUACCUAACAAGAAAGCAUCUUGUAUAACGAUACAAGGGAAAGUAGUGCGUUAAAUACGAUCUUUUCGACAUAAAAAUCGUCUCGAGUCAUCCAUUUCCGUUUAAUUACAGGAUUAUCGUAUGCUAAUUACUGAAAUCAAUGUUGUCCAAUGUUAAGCUUCACAGAUUAAGGGACUUCCCCCAUCUUGUCUCAAUUAUGCUACUGGAGUGCCAUCUACUGACGUCUACUUUGAAUAUUCCCGCGCAAUUUUUGUUCGUUAAUCUCUUUAUUUCUUUCAAGCGAUACUCCAGCAAAGACAAAACAAUACAAGAAGCUUUGUUCGAGGACAACACUGAUUUGGAUAAUGGAGACCGAUCGUGCAACUUUCUGCUGCAUCAAAAGGGUGAAGACAUCAGUGUUUUCCAAUUAGAACUUUUUAGGAACUCCUUUAAUGUAUAAUUUAUUUAUAUAAUAUAAAAAAUAAUAAAAACACCAAUCAUAGGUUUUAUAUAAAAUUUAGGAGUUCCGUGAAACACGAAUACGACGUCAUUAUUAGGCUGAGGAUGUUUACGCAAAUUCAAAUUUUUGUGGUCACAACUGAAAAAAUGGAACCUAAAAAGAUAUUUAUUAUGUGUGUUCUGAGCAUUUUUACAUUAUCGAAUAUCCUAUAAUUGCAUAAAAAUCCGCAGUCUAAUUGUUAUGAAAAGUCUUCUUCGUAAGAAGCAUUGGAAAACGCUGUUGCAAACGAACGAAAGAAAUUUAACGAGAUCGUUAUCUCUUUUUCUUUUGCUUUUUUAUACAGCACCUCAUGGAGAUGCUACUUAAAUCUACAAAAAUUCAUUUAUGCGACAACGACACAUUCUCUUCCUACGAUUUCGUUUGCAAGAAUAUUCUCAUUAAAUCAUCGUCUCUAUUCGCAGCUAAAGCUUUGGUUAAUAAUGCGCUAUUGACAGUAUUGACAAUUCUUAUAGUUUCCCCCAUUCCUUUUCUCCCACGAAACAGCGCAAACUAACGAAAUCCCGAUGACAUCGUUAUUCACGCUAAUCCUUAUACUUCUUUGAACUUACAUUUCUUCUCCGAAGAGUAUUUUUAUUAAAUAUAUAUAUUCAUAUAUUUAUAUUUAUAUAUAUCUCUCUUUUUCUUUUGUCUCAUUCUCCCUAAGUCGUAUCGUCAUUCUUACGACACCAACUUGCCUCUUAAAAUAUUCUUUUUUUAUGCUUACACUCAUUGUUAAUAGAAAACAUAAUACAUAGCUGAACAAAGAACCAAAUCAAUUUUGAUAGCAUAACUUAAUGAUAUCGUGGAAGAGCACCUGUAAAAAUCCAUGAUCUAUGAAUCCCAAGAGUGAUUUUGCAAUUUCUCCUAAUUAAUCCAGCAUUAUUUAUAUAUAAAGGGCAAUAAAGACAAUAGAAAUAAUUUUUCAAGCUCAAGAACAUUCCUUUGUUACAUUAAGAAAUAAAUUAUAAAAUAACUAAAUGAUUGCAAUUUUAUUCAUGUCACUCUCAGGAUUAAUUGUAAUAUUAUUGUUAUUAGAAAAUAAUAGAAAUUGUAUAGAAUAUAAGAUCUGAGAGAUUACAAGACAUACAACAAAUGUUUGCUUUUUGUACAGUUGUAAAUAUAAUCUUGUAAUUUUUUCAGAUAAUUUUAUAUUCCUCAUUCGUAAAUAGAGGCAAAGCCAUUCUGGUCAAUAUGGACAGGUACAUGUUAUCGCUGUACUAUUUGUCCUACUGCUAUAGAAAUCUACAUUGUGUGUGAAUUGAACAGCAGAAAUAUUGGUGAUUCCAUAAAAAAUAUUAAUAUAGAAGAUACAAAUCUUUUUCAUGAAAUCAAAUGUUGCAAUUUCAUAAUGCUCAAUUUACACACAGCAUACAUAUACACGAAGAUUCAAUAAAAAUUAAAUAUUUUCAGCUAUGCACUACAUUCAACAGAAACACUCCUGAAGAAUCUAAAAUUUUGUGGUCAUAAGGAGAACAUGGAUAUGUAAAAUCUGCAUGUGUAACAUGUUUCUGAAUUCUUAUGUUUUCUUCUUGAUCCUAAAUUUUUGUUUCCUAAUAGUUGGUCUGCCAUGAAGUAUUUAUAAUUAUUUUUCUCUUUUUUUCCUAAUACUCUUUUUCACUGUUUAGUUAGUGUAAAUGUUGUUGCAUUUAGUCAGUGUUCUUGUAUAUGCGUUUCGCGCUACAUAUUUGAUGCCAUGAAUGAAAUUAUUGUCUUUACAAUAAUAUAAAAGUUUGCCAGGUAACAUUGCAGUGUCAUUAUUUACGACAUUAUUGAAAUAAAAAUUCAAUCUUUUCCUUAUGUGGAAUCUGUACGCAAUAAUGUUUACACAUCAAUGAAAUCAAAAGAACAUACGUGUAUAAAAAAUUAGUAGUGUAUUGGG